CAGUGUUAAAGAGGGACAGCUGUUGAAGCAAACCAGUUCUUUCCAAAGGUGGAAAAAGAGAUACUUCAAGCUUCGAGGCCGUACGCUUUACUAUGCAAAGGACUCAAAGUCUCUGAUAUUUGAUGAAGUUGACCUCUCAGAUGCCAGUGUAGCUGAAGCAAGCACAAAAAAUGCUAACAACAGCUUCACGAUAAUCACUCCAUUCAGAAGGCUAAUGCUGUGUGCUGAGAACAGAAAGGAGAUGGAGGAUUGGAUCAGCUCACUGAAGUCAGUACAGACCAGAGAACCUUAUGAGGUGGCCCAGUUUAAUGUGGAACAUUUCUCAGGGAUGCAUAACUGGUACGCCUGCUCCCAUGCCCGACCCACCUUCUGUAACGUAUGCCGAGAGAGUCUGUCUGGAGUCACCUCCCACGGCCUGUCCUGUGAAGUGUGUAAAUUCAAGGCUCACAAAAGAUGUGCGGUGAGGGCAACAAAUAACUGCAAAUGGACCACCCUGGCAUCCAUUGGGAAGGACAUCAUUGAAGAUGAAGAUGGCGUCGCGAUGCCUCACCAAUGGCUCGAGGGCAACCUGCCCGUGAGUGCCAAGUGUGCUGUCUGUGACAAAACAUGUGGUAGUGUUCUCCGUCUGCAGGAUUGGAAAUGCCUUUGGUGUAAGACAAUGGUACACACCGCCUGCAAAGAUUUAUACCAUCCAAUAUGUCCACUUGGCCAAUGUAAAGUAUCUAUUAUACCUCCAAUUGCACUAAACAGCACCGAUUCCGAUGGUUUUUGUAGAGCAACAUUUUCGUUCUGUGUUAGUCCUCUGUUGGUUUUUGUCAAUUCUAAGAGUGGAGAUAAUCAGGGAGUAAAGUUCCUUCGUCGUUUUAAACAGUUGCUAAAUCCGGCUCAGGUGUUUGAUUUAAUGAACGGAGGUCCUCAUUUAGGGUUAAGGUUAUUUCAGAAGUUUGACAAUUUCCGGAUUCUUGUCUGUGGAGGUGAUGGAAGUGUAGGUUGGGUUUUGUCAGAAAUUGAUAAGCUCAACUUGAAUAAACAGUGUCAGCUAGGAGUAUUGCCUUUGGGUACAGGAAAUGACCUUGCUCGAGUUCUUGGCUGGGGAGGCUCAUAUGAUGAUGACACUCAACUUCCUCAGAUACUAGAGAAGCUGGAACGAGCCAGUACCAAAAUGUUGGACAGGUGGAGUAUAAUGACCUAUGAACUCAAGUUGCCACCAAAGGCAUCUCUACUUCCAGGACCUCCAGAAGCAUCUGAAGAAUUUUACAUGACAAUUUAUGAAGACUCAGUUGCAACACAUCUUACAAAAAUUCUCAAUUCUGAUGAACAUGCAGUGGUCAUAUCAUCUGCCAAGACGCUAUGUGAAACUGUAAAGGACUUCGUUGCCAAAGUAGAGAAGACAUAUGACAAGACGUUGGAAAAUGCUGUUGUAGCUGAUGCAGUGUCCAGUAAAUGUUCAGUCCUAAAUGAGAAGCUUGAGCAACUGCUCCAAGCUUUGUACUCAGAUUCCCCCACUGGUCCUGUUCUCCCGGGCAUAGGCCCUCUCCUUGUGGAAGAAGAUCCUGUGGAAUCCUCAAGUGAAGAGUCCUUAGGUGAAAGCAAGGAACAGCUGGCAGACGACAUUACGAAACCUUGUUCCCAGAAAGCCUUCAAACCAAGAGAAAUAAUGUUACGGGCAAACAGUUUAAAGAAAGCAGUGAGGCAAGUCAUUGAGGAAGCUGGAAAAGUUGUGGACGAUCACACAGUUCACUCCUGUGAACCAGUUAAUCAAUCAUCCGAUUACGAUAGCACAGAAACAGAUGAAUCUAGAGAAGAAUUAAAAGAUGAUGACACAAAAGAGUCAUUAACUGUUAAAACUGCACCUAGAUCUCCAGAUGCCCGAGCAAGUUAUGGCCAUUCCCAAACUGAUUUUGUCCCUGGCCCAGCAGUGGCAGCCAGCAAAGAAAAUCUUCCUGUGCUCAAUACCAGAAUAAUCUGCCCAGGUUUGAGAGCAGGACUGGCUGCCUCCAUUGCUGGAAGUUCUAUUAUCAAUAAAAUGUUACUAGCAAACAUCGAUCCUUUUGGUGCCACGCCAUUUAUUGAUCCGGAUCCAGAUUCAGUAGAUGGAUAUUCAGAAAAAUGUGUCAUGAACAAUUACUUUGGGAUUGGAUUAGAUGCAAAAAUUUCAUUAGAAUUUAAUAAUAAGAGAGAGGAGCACCCUGAAAAAUGCAGGAGCCGAACUAAAAACUUGAUGUGGUAUGGAGUCCUUGGAACCCGGGAGUUAUUACAGAGAUCAUACAAGAAUUUAGAACAAAGGGUUCAACUUGAGUGUGAUGGGCAGUAUAUUCCUCUCCCCAGUUUGCAAGGCAUUGCAGUAUUGAACAUCCCCAGCUAUGCCGGAGGAACUAACUUCUGGGGUGGAACCAAAGAGGACGAUAUAUUUGCUGCACCAUCAUUUGAUGACAAGAUCCUAGAAGUUGUUGCGAUAUUUGAUAGCGUGCAGAUGGCAGUUUCAAGGGUGAUUAAACUGCAGCAUCAUCGAAUAGCCCAGUGCCGUACAGUAAAAAUCACUAUAUUUGGAGAUGAGGGAGUCCCAGUGCAGGUGGAUGGCGAAGCAUGGGUUCAGCCUCCAGGGAUUAUCAAAAUUGUGCACAAAAACAGAGCUCAGAUGCUAACAAGGGACAGAGCCUUUGAGAGCACUCUGAAAUCUUGGGAAGACAAGCAGAAGUGUGAUUCUGGUAAACCAGUUCUCCGAACCCAUUUGUACAUCCAUCACGCCAUUGACUUGGCAACAGAAGAGGUGUCGCAGAUGCAGCUAUGCUCCCAGGCUGCAGAGGAGCUCAUUACUAGGAUUUGUGACGCAGCCACAAUCCACUGUCUUUUGGAGCAAGAACUGGCCCAUGCUGUGAAUGCAUGCUCCCAUGCCCUGAAUAAAGCCAACCCAAGGUGCCCGGAGAGUCUUACGAGAGACACUGCCACUGAAAUUGCCAUCAAUGUGAAGGCACUAUAUAAUGAAACGGAAUCUUUACUAGUUGGCAGAGUUCCUUUGCAGUUGGAGUCUCCACAUGAGGAGCGGGUCUCCAAUGCCUUACACUCCGUGGAGGUGGAGUUACAGAAAUUGACAGAGAUCCCUUGGCUUUAUUACAUCUUACACCCAAAUGAGGAAGAGGAGCCUCCUAUGGAUUGCACCAAAAGAAACAGCAGAAGCACAGUAUUUCGCAUAGUGCCAAAAUUUAAAAAGGACAAGGUUCAGAAGCAGAAGACAAGUUCACAGCCUGGACCUGGGUAUACUGAAAGUGGGCCAUGUGAAGCGAAUUCUCCAGGGAAUUAAAGAACUUGGAAGGAACACUCCCCAGUCUGAGGUGUAAUCAUAUUGGUGCUAUUCCUUGGAAGAGAAGUAAUUGCUACUCAAUACAAAAUUCUUGGAAGCAAUUGACUGUUUGUGUAGUUUUCUGCAUAAAUAAGUAAGCACCUCUGAAGCACCUCUUAUGGCUUGACAUUUUGCUGUGGGGAACAUUUUGAUUUGAAAUAUUAGAAAAUAUUUUUGUGCCAAAAAAUACAUUCCACAAGGCCAUUUUCUUAUUGUGCAAACCUGACAUGUUAAAAAAUGUUCACAAUAGUGAAGAGGAAGGAGGAAUCAAAGAUGAUUGCAUUGUCUAAAAGAUAGAAUUGCAAAAUGUUUACUUUCCUUUGAUCUGGUCUGUUGGAAUUGUCUUACUGGUGCAACUGCAUAACGAUGUGUGGCUAAAACUGCCUGGGUUUCAUUGUGGGAAGCAUUGGCCCUUUUCUUAAAAUCACUGGUUAGGAGACUGGAGAUGUAAGUUGAGUUAUGUUUUGAAUGUUAGAUUGACAAUACCUCUGGUUCCUAGCGCUCAGUGAUCAAAGAAUAUGGUUAAAACUCGUCAAAUGCUAUGAAUGAAUUCAAAUGUUAUUGCACGAUGUUCCUGCCUGAAAUGUCUUUCUUUUCCUUGCAUGUCACAUCUAAUAUUGUAACCUUAGUAGUUUUAAUGUCAGUUUUAAUGGAAUUUAAUUUAUUACUACUCAAGUAUGUUUUUGUUGGUUAAAGGCACUGCACUUUUCUGUUUUUUAAUGUGGAAUUUUGCAUAAAUAUUCUAUACCUGAGACUUUGUGAACAUGUGUCUGUGCCAUAAUCAACAAAUGAUGCACAUCU